AUGGCAAUAGUGACCAACGAUAAAACCCCCCGUCCCGGGACCAAUCAAUCCACAUCGAAAAGCCGCGACAUGCUGCUUAACCCGGGAAACGCGUCAGAGGUCAAAGAUCCCCCAAAGAAGGGACGCAAAGGUCGGAGACAAGCAGGUUCCAACUCAAGAUUGGCGGGAGAGCUAAGAUGGGGAGAGAAAUGGGGGGAGAGUGGGGUUUAG